AUGCAGCACGCAUUCUACAAGGACAACCGCAUAGUCCCUCUGGGGAUUAUGCUGGUGACCUUCUUCAUCUUCGUUUAUCAUUUCGAACUUGAUCGUCAAGGUCCACUAGGGGAGAUCCCCGCUUCGGCUGUGCCCGCGACGUUCGUUGUCGAGUCGUCGCGACAGAAGGAUCCCGUGCCAUAUGUGGAAUACUUGGACACCGACAGCAAGGAGGUCAACCAUGUUGCUCCUUCGGCAGUUCCUUCCAUAGUCCCGUCGAGCCCGCCCUCGCCCGGCAGUUCUAGCUCUCCACGCCCGCAAACCGGCUUGACUACGGAUGAUGUGGUUCUUAUGUUCAAGACUGGUGCCACUGUUCUGUGGAAGAGGGUUCCCAUUCAUCUGGCAACUACUCUCUCGCCCAAGCGCAUCAAUCCCGACAAUGUACUUCUCUACUCUGAUUAUCCCGAGACCAUCGGCUCGUGGGAAAUCAUCGACGUCUUACAGAACACCACCGAGAAGGUGCGGAACUCUGAAACUUUCCAACCGUACCUGCAACAAGAAGACUACGAGUCGCGCCAGAACUAUGCUGAAUCGUCCAACGUGCCCGGCGAUGCUGCUGGUCCUCCGGGCGGCUGGAAGCUCGACAAGUACAAGUUCCUGCCCAUUGUCCGCCACGCAGGCCUCAGCAAACCCGACGCCAAGUGGUAUAUCUUCAUGGAAGACGACUCCUACAUCUUCCUUCCCAACCUCCUGCCCCACCUGGAGAAAUUCGAUCACGCCGAGCCGUGGUAUCUAGGCAGCCUGGCCUGGAUUCAUGGCGACUACUUCGCCCACGGUGGCUCCGGAUUUGCACUUUCACGAGGCGCAUGGGAGAAGAGUUUUGGCAAGGACCCGCUUAUUGUAGAGCGGUUCGAAGAAUUUACAGAAGUCCACGGUUGUGGAGAUCACAUCCUGGGCCAUGUACUAAAAGAAUAUGGGGUUCAGUUCGGCGAGACUACUGGCGACAGUCGCUUCCGCUAUGGAUUCAACCCCGAGUCGCACUGGUCGACAUGGUACGAGCAGGCCAAUUGGUGCAAGCCUGUAUACAGCUGGCAUCACACGCACAGCAAGGAUGUGGCGAGGUUCUAUAAUCUAGAGCAGGAUUGGAACUUUGAGAAGGGCCCCUUGAGAUUCCGUGAUAUUUACAAGGCGCUGGUCGCCCCAUACCUGCACUCCCGCGUGGAGUGGUGGGAUAACUGGUCAUCCAAGUAUGAGAUCAAGUCCAGCGUCGCAAAGGACAUCCAACCGCCCAGCACCGUCAAAUCCACCGAUGUCUGGCGUAAUGCCUGGCAGUCUGUGGAUGCGUGCGAAGCCGCUUGCACGGCCUGGUCCGAGUGCGUACAAUGGUCCUUCUACGAAGACCGAUGCAAGAUGGACAGCAUGUUACUUCUAGGCAACGGAAUCCCCGAGACCGACUCACGCCGUCAGACGAGUCUACCCUGGGUCAGCGGCUGGUUGCCUCGACGAGUGGAAAAUUGGGAAUGCCAAGAAUAG